UGUUAAAUUGGAUAUAAACUUUAAAUUUGGUUUAAACUAUCGUAAUGAAAUUGUUUAGUGAAAUUGAAAGAUCAACUUGAUGACGUUUUUUGAGCGAUUUUGAACUUCUUAUAUGUGAUAAUUUGAUAGCUUGUAUAGACACUCCACCAAUUCUCUCACGUGAGGCAACAAUGGAAGAAGAUAAAAGCCAGGACCAUGAUCUACUAUCUACAACAUGGCUUCCCCCUCAGGCAUCCGAGCAUGAGGAGAAUGGUGAUGAGCUUAUGGGCGUUGAAAAUGGUGAAGAUAAUUUAAACAGCGUUGAUCCAUAUAUCGGAAUGGAGUUCUCUACUCAUGAGGAAGCUUAUAAUUUCUACAAUGCAUACGCCAGACUUAAGGGAUUUGGUGUUCGCAAGGGUCACACAGCUUGGUCGAGAAAGAAAGAUGCAAUCCUAUCUAGAAUAUUUGUAUGUGACAAAGAAGGCUUUAAAUCUUUAAAAGAUAAAAGAGAAGAUGGUCGGAAUGUAAUUCGAAAGUUCGAUACAAGAUGUGGAUGCAACGCAAGGAUGGUUAUUGGACUUGAUAGAAGCACUGAAAAAUGGGUGGUCCGAAAGUUAAACAGUAAGCAUAAUGGUCAUCCAUUAACCACCCCAACUCGGGUAAAGAAGCACUACUCACAUCGGACACUUCAUCGAGCUCAAUCGACAAAAAGGUUGAUAGAUACUCUUGACAAUCAAGGUUUACGGCCUUCUGCCAUUUGUAAGGUUGUAGACGUUGCUCAUGGCAAUGAACAAGGCUCUCUCACUCAACAAGAAUGCCAAGCACAACUUAGACUUAAACGAAGAAACAACGUCGGCCAUGAGUGCGUGAACAUAGUUCGUCAAUUUCAAGAGAAAAAGGUAUCUGAUCCUCAAUUUUACUUUGCACUUGAUUUAGAAAAUGAUGGGACGAUGAGAAGUGUUUUUUGGAUGGAUGGUAGGUCGAGGACUUCUUACUUGCAAUUUGGAGAUGUUGUUUGCUUUGAUGUUACAUAUAGAACGAAUAAUUUAAAAUUGCCGUUUGCACCAUUUACGGGUGUUAACCAUCAUCGACAGUCUACUCUAUUUGGGUGUGCGUUACUGGCCGAUGAAACGGAGGAGACGUUUAUAUGGUUAUUUAGCCAAUGGUUAAAAUGUAUGUCGGGUAUAGCACCAGUAACAAUCAUCACUGAUCAAGAUAAAGCUAUGUGUGGUGCUAUUCACAAAGUUUUUCCUAAAACUCGCCAUCGCUUUUGUUCUUGGCACCUUCGUAGGAAUGCCUUACAAAAUCUUCAAUCAAUGCAUAAUGAUUAUGGUGAGGAUGUUUCUAUAAAGUAUAACAAAUGGUAUUGGAGUAAAUCAGAAGAAAAAUUUGAAAAGCGUUGGGAAGAAAUGAGGGACAAAUAUGGAAUGACAUCUACUCAGCGGAGUGAGGGAAUUAAUGCUUUUUUUGAUCAUUUUGUGAAUGUAAAUACCGAGUUACAUGAUUUUGUUAAGCAGUAUGAUAAUGCUGUCAGAGCUCGCCGAGCCACUGAACUUGAGCAAGAUUUUAAGUCCACAAACUCAGUUCCUACAUUGAUAAUUGAACAUCCCAUUGAAAAACAAGCUCGGGAGAAUUAUAUGAAGAAUCUGUUUACUAUCUUUCAGAAAGAACUCAAGGAUAGUUACUCCAUGUUUCAUGAAAAGUUGUCGAAGGACGGCGCAAGUGCUACUUAUGUCGUUUGGAAUAUAGAUAGCGAGGCUGAAAGCAAGAAGAUAGUAAAGCAUCAUGUUGUUUUUGAUACAUCCAAAGAAAAAAGAAUUAAGUGCUCUUGUGCGAGAUUUGAGAUGGAAGACUCAUUUUUUGAAGAAGUUGAGAAUUCCAAGAUUGAGAAGGAACAUAACGACAAUGGAAAUGAGAGCAAUGCCAGCAAUAAGAUGCCUACUUCAUCCAUACCCAUCUCUAUAGAGGAAGCAACUCAAAUCACUAUUCGUGAUCCAGAUAAGCCUGUUGCCACGAAGGGACGACCAGCACAGGCUACAAGAAUUAAGUCGGGAGUGGAGAUAGCACAAGAAAAGAGUAUAAAAAAACAAAGAUUUUGUGGGUUUUGUAAGGGAAAAGGACAUUAUAUAACGAGUUGUCCUUUAGCUAAGAACAAAAAUGUUGCUGGUGGAGGUCGAAAAAGUUAA